CGCGUUCGAUUUGGUUGAUUGGAGCUUGCUGCAGGACUCGCUCGAGGACGCGGAUGCAAUCCUCGACCCGCAGUGGCUUGCGCAAGGCGCGACCACCUUCGCGGAUGAUUAUUUGCUACAGGAUACAGCAGUGUCAUACCGAGAACUUGAGCGUGCACAUCAUCGCUUCGCCUCGGUCUUGGAUGCGCUUAUUGACCAUGGCAUGAAGAUCAAUACCCAAAAGUCAGCGUUCCUGCUGCGUCACAGAGGUCACUUCGCGCGCAAAUGGCUGAAACAGCACCUAGUCCGCACACCGGAGGGGGAUGUCAUCCGGAUCCGCACUCCCAAGGCUCGACUAUUUGAAUUCCCGCUGAAGGACAAACAUGUCUACCUGGGAGUCGUCAUCGGCUACCACUCACCGUCCAAACAAACGGUCACCCACCGUUUGCAAGAGGCCAAUGGCACGUGGCAGCGCCUCCGGAAAAUAUUGUGCUCGCAAUCUUCUCUCCCCACACAGGAGCGGGUCAAACUUUGGCAGUCCACCGUCCUGCCAACCAUGCUCUACGGCGUGGCAGCCUCAUCCCCGGGACAUAAAGACAUUCAGCGUAUGCAGCAUGUGGCCACAAGGCACCUUCGGGCCAUUACCAGAUCAUUCGCCCACUUGAGCAAGGAACCCACCGCCACGCUGCUUGCAAGGAUCGGGGUUCAGCCACUUCAGCUCAGACUGGCGUCCGAAGCCGAGUCACUGUGUCAUACCCUUCUUAACUUGCAGAACCAGCUCCACCCGCUGGCCGCAGAGGUCAGGGACAUGGUCCGAGAGACGGCCGCCUCCUUGCAGGCUAAAUGUGUGACAACUGGGGAAGAGACGGAGCCUGCGGAUGCCGCUGGCCUGGAUGCAUACACCUGUCAGGACUGUGGGGAACAUUUUCGAUCCUUCCGCCUUCUCAGGGUGCACGAGGCCUCAUCCUCCCCGCCGCUCAUCCAGUGGCAGCUAGUUGCCCAUGCUCUGGCCAAAGGUGCAUGGACUACACUACUGAACCAGUCCUCGGUCCAGGAGUAUCUUAAGCAUAGAUUCGCCAUGACUCCGUCGCCCCAAGUGGACAUGGACCUGGAUCUAGAGGAGACCCAGUUCUUUCAGAGAUUCUCCACCAAGAGAGGAUCGGAUCUGAAGGCGGAGGACUACGCCGAUGGUUACGGCCAGCACGGGCCCCCGUGGACGGGCUCGCACGACAACCGGCCGGAGGAGCACCUGCAAUACCAUCUCAGGAAGCUCACCCAGGUGGUUCUCAGACAGGAACGCACCCUGGCUUCGGUUCGCCAGGACCUGGUCAUGCACCUUUUCGUGAAAACGGGGGAGGACAGUGGGAAUAUAAUCCCCACACUCUUCAGAGCAGCGGAAGUGUGGAGAGAGAUGAAGGAGCAAGAGCCGACCAAGAUCCAGUACUCCUUAAAGAUCAUGUUGUUCAAGCAGCUGCUCAUGAGCCUCCACGAGCGGCUCCAGGAGACGGCCGCAAAUCAGGAGGCCAUGAAGGCGGCCCGGGAUCUGAACUGGAUCGACAGCCACCAGCAGUGGCAA